AUGGCGACGUCUCCAUUUAUCCGACCCAUAUGUUGGUCAUUGGAGCGCUGCGCCGACAAACAGCAUACAGGGGAGUUCAUGGCGUCAGAGUUGAACAAGGUGAUUCAAGCUGUUGAAAAUGUCGUCGGAAAAGGAUCGGUAUGCGCUGUUGUGACGGACAACGCGUCUAACAGGCGUAAGUCAUGGGAGCUUCUAAUGGCCAAGAUACCAAGUCUAACGUACAUGUUCGGGAUGGAGUUCAUGAGUGACGUCUUCAAGAAAGCUGUCCUAGUUACCAAAUUUGUGCGUAAACGUGCAGCGCUUCUUUAUCGCUUUCGGGCUCUGCAACGCAAGUAUUUUGGUACCCGGCAGCGACGACGCGCGCUAAUGAUCCCUGUUUCGACCCGGUGGUACUCGAGCACAAAUUGUAUUUCCCGUGUCGUGAGGAACGAAGAUGUGCUGCGUGAAUUGUUUUCCAACCAUGAAUUUCUGGCUCGUUACGGAGAUGCUGCUGCCAAACUCAAUCGCGUCGAGUCCAUUUUGGCUGAUAGCAUGUUUUGGGUGAAUGCCAGAGCCGUAAUGCGACUGGUGAACCCGAUAAUCCAAGCUCUCGGCGCUCUCGAAAAGGAUGGGUGUUGCCUUUCGAUGGUGUAUGAAUACUUUCGUGGACUGAAAACCCACAUUAGCUCCCGCUGGAACACCCUCAAGCGCGAAUCAAUGCUCGCUGCAUUUUUACUGGACCCAACUAAGUCUACGGACGACUUUGAAGGUGAUGAUUUGGACAAUGCAGUCGAUGCAUGCGUAGAUCUAGCUACACGAGUUGGUCUACCCUCCAACGUAUCUCCAAAUGCGGUUCACCGAGCUGUCAUGGCUUUUAUUCGCGUGAAGAAGUCCUGGACAGCCGAAGACCACGAAAAAACCGCGAGGGACACGCCAUUAGACUGGUGGCUGGUCAAGGUUAACAAGUUUCCGCUCCUACAUGCUUUGGCUACCCGCGUUUUGAGCAUCCCGACGUCGUCCGCUGCGAGUGAGCGCUCGUGGAGUGUUCACUCCUUCAUCCGCACCAAGCGACGAAAUCGGCUGAAACCCGAUCGCGUGGAAAAGCUAGCAUAUUUGUACUCGAAU